AUGUCAAAACCUUUAACACGAACAUAUUCUCUUCGAAAACAUAUUCGACCAAUAAUUGAGAUUGAUGAACAAGAUGAUGAUCAACGACGAGAUUCAUAUGGUCGAAAACGUGUAGAUGUUGUCCAAUGUUUAUUAGAUUCAUCAUCUGAUGAAAUUGAUGAUUAUAAUAUGAAUAUUGAAAAACCACGUAAUAUUCUUUGGUUAACAUUUAAUGAAAUUUGUCAUAUACGUUAUGUUCUUGUUCAAACAUCUUUAUGUAUGGAUAAACAAUAUUUACAAAUUCGUAAUGGUCGUAUUUGUUUUCGAUGUCGAAAAGAUAUUAAUGAAUUCUUUUUUUUACCAUCAUUUCUUCGUUUCAACAAUCAUGAACGUUGUUUUAUUUGUCAACAGAUCAUAUGUAAAAAAUGUUCAUAUUUAAAUUUUGUACCUCCUUCUUUGAAACUUUUGAUUCCUAUUCGAAUACGAACUUUAAUUAAAUCAUCAUCAACUACUAUUGAAAACAACAAUAAAAAAAUGAAUAAAUUAACUCCACAAUCAAAAACACUCUGCUAUGAUUGUUUACAGCUAUUCAAGGAACAUAGACAAACUUCUCAACAUCGUAUAAAACCAUCCAUUCCUCCACUUCAUCGAACAUAUUCAUUACCACCUAUAUCACAUAAAAAUUCUGUUGAAACUCAAUAUACACGUCAUCGCCGUCGUCCACAUCAGAUAACUAAUUGUAAAUUUGAAAAAACUACUAUAAUAACAACAUCAUUUAGAACUGAUAUUUAA